AUGUUUGCAUACCAGGACUUCGAGGGGGCAAAUACGAGUCGUUCUCGCCACCGCAACGUUAUAUUAGUGUUGUUAUUUGGUAUUAUAAAGGUAAAAAAUGAUGAUAACCCGUCGUGCAAGGACCCUGAUCGCCCUUUCUCAAAAGCUGCAGUGGCCGCAGACUCCGAGAAAUGUUCAGAGAUUGGACGGGACAUUCUUCAGAAAGGCGGCUCUGCAGUAGAUGCUGCCAUUGCUGCGCUGCUGUGCACCUCCAUCAUCAACCCACAGAGUGCGGGGAUCGGAGGCAGGGUCAUAUUCACUGUGAUGGACAGCUCCGGUAAAGUGAAAAUCAUCACCUCCAGAGAGACUGUCCCCAGAAAUGUGAACUCUGACCUGCUUAAGUCGUGUCCUAAAACCACUGAGUGGAGCAUGGAGUGGACGCAAGAUAGCAGAUGGAUUGGGGUUCCUGGGGAAAUUCGAGGUUAUGAAGCGGCACACCGGCUUUAUGGGAAGUUGCCGUGGGCCGACCUCUUUCAGCCGACCAUCAAAUUAGCCAGAGAAGGAUUCCCUAUUCCUUACUACCAAGGUCAACACAUCCCACGCAUUAAUAAUACGUCAAUACGGGAGUUAUAUUUAGAUAAAAAUGGGAACCUGCUUAAGACUGGUGAUACUGUGAAAUUUGAGAAACUUGCUGACACUUUGGAGACGAUCGCAAACGAGGGACCAGAUGCGUUUUACAACGGAACAAUAGCGAAGAAUUUAAUCAGUGACAUACAGAAAGCAGAAGGAAACCUCACACUGGAGGACUUGGCAUCGUAUCAAGCUAAUGUGACUGAUGCGUGGAAUAUUUCUCUGGGAGAGUACCGGAUGUACUUCCCUCCGCCUCCUUCAGGAGCAGCCAUCCUCAGCCUCAUCCUCAACAUCAUGAAAGGAUACAAAAUGAAUUCAGAACCUAAGACGACUGAUGAAAAGAUUUUGUUUUAUCACCGUUAUAUUGAAGCUUUAAAAAUUGCCAAUGGAUUAAAGAAAAAUAUCAGAGAUCCAAACUUCAGCUCAGAUGAAUUCACACAGAUGGCAAAGAAUCUGACAGAGGAUAGCUUUGCAGACAACAAACGGAACUUGAUCAGCAGCGAAAAGACUCAUGAUCCCCAGUAUUACGGCGACACCUUGCAUCUGGACAGCAUCGGCACCACACAUGUGUCUGUGCUGGCUGAAGAUGGAUCUGCUGUGUCUGUCACCAGCAGCAUCAACGACGAAUUUGGCUCCAAGGUCCUCUCUCCAAGCACUGGAAUCAUUCUCAACAACCAGCUGACUGACUUCUGUAAUAGAACCAGCACCUCUCCCGGGGAGCGGCCUCCCUCCAAUAUGGCCCCAUCUGUGCUGAAGUCUCAGUCGAAGACGCUGGUGAUUGGAGGGUCUGGUUCUGAAAUGAUUCCCCCGGCAGUGGCCUCGGCGCUCAUGAACCACCUUUGGUUUGGAAAGAGCCUUAAGGAGGCAAUUGUUACUCCUGUUGUUUUUGUUGACUGUCAAAGUGAAGUAGAAAUUGAAUCUAAGCUUGAAAAGGAUGUAGUUGAUGGUCUUGAAGCUAAGGGACAUAAAAUAGCAAAAUUCUACAACACAGUUAACGCUGUGGAAAAGGCGGGCAGCUGUAUCUCUGCAUGGUCUGAUGAAAGGAAAAAAGGCAAAGCAGCUGGUUACUGAGACCAAGAGUCAGUGAUAUUAGUUAUACAGCAUGGUCUUAGGGUUAUGGACACUGCUGUAGCUACAGCAUUGGACAAUCUAUAUUCAUCUGUUAACUGAUAGUACAUUCAUGCUUUACUCAUGUGUCCAGAAAAAUUUGUAAUAUUGAAAACAUAAUGCGAUAAUCAGAUUAUUUAAAUCCGUUACUUGCAAAAUAGUGCAACAACAGCAUUGUAAAAACUAUGUUACUUUUUUUUGAAAAUUUCAGGGGUUGCUGUUGAUAUCCGUCUUUUUAAAAUAAAAAUAAAAAAAUCAAUAUGACCUUUUAAAUAUUUGUUAAUUUUGGUUUUUGAUACACAUAGAAUAGGCUAAACAAGGUCAAGGUCAAGCACUCUUUCUAAGCAGCAGGACGAGACUGACUGCAAAGAUGUUUGGUUAUAUAAAAGACUGUUGGAAAAAGAGCUACAGACUUCAUGUUCCAUUCCACCAGUAAACAAUUCAUAUUUUCAAGUCUUAUCAAAUUCAUGUUUACUUUGUAAAUUUUAGCCCACUGGAUUGUCCAGAAGGGAGAUAAAAUAGGGCUGCCCUAAAGUGUACCCUAAGUUAUCCAUCAAUUGAUUUGUAGUUUAAAAAAAAAAGAAAAAAAAAAGGCCAGCAUAACCUGCAGUUACUGUUACAGGGAUGUGAGCAUCAACAAAGCUGGAUCUCACAGACUGUUCGAGCCAAAUAGAAAGGUCUUUUUUAAAAAUCUGAAUAUUACUAGCUACAUUUAAAUGCUUUUUAGUAUUGUUUUUUUU